AUGAGAAACGAAAACAACCAGAAUAAUGUUGUCCUACAAAACGAUGUUGCUGGAGAACUAGAUGAUGGUGACCAUCAAGAGGAAAAUAUUGAAAACUUGAACGAAGAGCUUUUGGAAGAUGAAGAACAGGAGGACCGGAAUAUUGUUGAGGAUUUCCCUAAUAUGGAGUCAGAAGACAGCGAUGGUGGCAGUGACGCGCCGAACUCGAGAAGAGGUUCUCGAGCAUCAAGUCGAUCUCGAGGCGAGACUACUCCAGACAGCUCCUUGUCUAGACCCUCGUCCAGGAACCGUUAUGAUUUGAACUUGAUUCCGAAAUACACUCCUCCUGAUCAACCUCGCCGACCAGCUCUCAUCGAUAUUGUUCGAACUGCUAUUGGCAUUGUAUGUCUAGUUCUCGAGGAGUACUUUGUAGUAUUUCGGUUUGACAAUGGAGAAUUUGCAAUGUUGGAGAAAAAUGAAGGGAACAUAAACUGGAAUGUCGCUCAAGGAAUGGAAAUAGUUUUCCUUUAUAAGGACUUCGUACAAGAAUUUCGGAGAAUGAGGAGCUUUAUCACACAAAUCACCAAACGCCUCCCGCAAACAAGAAAAUGGAGAUUUCAUAACAAUCAAUUCCAACUAGUUUUCCACUACAAGCAGAGUGCACGUGAAAUAAUGAGAGGUUUAAGAGAAUGCUGCAGGAUUGACAUUACGUCGACAGAAAACGUUAAACUCCGAGUGCCAUUUAGUCUGCGCAAAAGCUACGGAAGAAGCGUGUUUGCGGCAACAAGCGAUUUCCAAACUGGUGCAGCUUGGUGUCGAUUGGAGAUGAAUCUAGAAUGCAAAUGGUUCGUGUAUGAGAGUUAUGAAGACCCAAAUUCGAUACGGCCACCAACUCAAAGAAUGGGAGAGCUGCAACGUCCGUCGGUGUUAAACUCCAGCACGUACCAGCCAGACGAUGGAUCAAGUCAAAUGCCGGGCAGAAGAAGCAAACCAAAAACAAGAAAACCUUCGGAAUCCGACUCCGAUAGUGAUCAUGACGAUGUCAAAUGGGAGGAUAUAGCUCCAGUUGGAAUCUUCGUUUUUGAUCCACUAUUAGAAAGAAUGCCGAAUAGAAUGUCUCGGUCUAACAACGGUCGGGGAAGACAGGAGAACAGCGAUCGAGAGAGAAAUCAUCAAAGAGUUGAUCGAGAAGAAAAAUGGAACCGAGAACGAAUCUUCGGAUUCAACGAUCGCAUGAGCAGAGAAGAGUUCCCUGUCGAAAAUGGAUACCAAAGAGCUCAAAGAAGAAAUUUUGAGUUGGAGGAGAUUCCGAGGGGAGAAAGCUCGAGUGGAGGAGGACAAAACGGACCCAACAUCCAACAAAGUCACCAAUUAGAUCAAAUCGCUAGAAAUAAAGGAAAUGGAGUCAGCUUUUUUGGUCGACGGAACUAUCACCGGGAGGGAAGUUCCAGUAUGUACCGGAAUGAACAAAACCACGCGGAGACUAACCGAGGAUUCGAUUACUGGAACUUGCCAUCUUCGCGUCAUUCCACUUCCCAGCACAUCCCGAGUUUAGCGGUUUCCAGCUCCGCCCAAGGAACUCCGUCCAACUCCGGAACCAUGGAACCAGUCAAACCAAACUCUGCUCAACUAACUCAAAAAAUUGAGGAUCGUGCAGCCAAAAAAGAUGCUGAGGGAAACAGUGCUCAUGUGAAAUCUUAUGAAUCCAUAUGUGAGGAGGAUAAAAUUCGCAAGGAAUUAUUCGAAACUGUUAAAGCCGCUCUUCGAAAGGAACCGAAAACUGAUGUUACGUCUUCCAACAAAAGAAACUGCACACCGUCUGGAAACGGACACCAAGAUGUACACAGAUAA